AUGUUCAUGCAGACAGAAACGUGGUGGUUCUAUCUGUCGUUUAGGAACGAUUUGAUAACUCGGUUCGACUUGAAAGGGGCGGAGAUCAAACACCAGAUUAGCAGCAACAUGUGGGUUUCAUCAGAGGGCCGCACAGCUUACGUCUACGUGAAGACAGACUGGCGAGAAAGACAGAAGCUGCAUCGAAAGUGGCUGAGACAGAGGAUCCUGGCCCCGCAGCUCCAGCAGCAAGCGAAGAAGCAGCAGCUGCUGCGGCAUGUGAGCAUACAGCAGCAGCUCGUGCUGCAGCAGCUGCAACGGGAAGAGGAACCCGUGGCAGCAGCCGCUGCCAAGGCUGCGGCUGCUGCGGGUGAGCCCACUCAAAGGACUCCUCGCAGCAGCAGACGCAGCUCAGUGUCUUCGACGAUGGAAGCCACCCGCUGCCGCAGCAGCAGCAGGAGACGCCAGAGCACCGCAGGAGAUGCGCUGCAGCAGCAGCAGCAGCAGCAGGAUAUGGUGCUGUUUCACCUGGCGGCACGGCGGCAGCAGCUGCACGUCCUCGAACAUCUCGAACCUGGACAGUCAGUUUGGGAGAAUCUUUGGGGGCAGCAUAACCAAAGUGAAACUGACACGGAUGAAGUAGACGACAAGGCUUUACUGGAGGAGCUGCAUGCAUUUCGCAGCACGCACUUCAGACUGUCCAAAUGGGCACCAGCCCCUAGGGCUGCUGCAAUGCAUGCGCGCAUGCAUGCGCGCAUGCAUGCGCGCAUGCAUGCGCGCAUGCAUGCGCGCCGUGUGAAUCUGCUCAAGCGUUUUGCAGGCAUGAACAUGGCCACAUUCGAAUAUCCUGAACUGUCCACAAGGCAGUCUAGGCCCAACAAUAUUCUUAACCCCCUGCACCAUGCUGUGUAG